AUGGCGGUGCAGCCGAAGCACAACUUGUCCAUGGACAGCGCGUCCGAACAUGGCUUCCUCAGCUUCAUCUUCUCCAUGCCGGAGAAACCGGACACCACGUUCAGGAUAUUCGACCGCAACGACUACUACACCGUGCACGGGAAAGACGCCCUAUUCGCGGCGAGGGAGGUUUUCAAGACUAACGGGGUCAUCAAGCAUCUGGGAUCAGGGAGCCGUAAGCUGGAGAGCGUUGUCCUGAGCAAGCUGAACUUCGAGGCCUUCGUGAAAGACCUGCUGCUGGUGCGGCAGUACCGAGUGGAGGUGUACAGGAACCACAGCAAGAGCAGCAAGGAGCACGACUGGAGGAUCGAGUACAAGGCCUCCCCGGGAAACCUGACUCAGUUCGAGGAGAUUCUGUUCGGUGGUGGAACCGGAGCGGUGGGCUGUGCCGGAGUCGUAGCCGUGCGAGUCGCCACAGGAGCCGAUGGACAGCGCGCGGUCGGCGUCGGCUAUGUGGACGCCGCGCAGAGGACCAUGGGAGUGUGCGAGUUUGCAGACAACGAGAUCUUCUCCAACCUGGAGUCCAUGCUCGUCCAGCUCGGCCCCAAAGAGUGUCUCUUAGCCCAGGGGGACGGCAACGCCGACGGCAGCAAACUACGACAGGUGGUGGAGCGUGGCGGCGUGCUGGUCUCUGACAGGAAGAGGGCCGAGUUCAGUAGUAAGGACAUGGUGCAGGAUCUCAACAGGCUGCUGCGAGCCAAGAGAGGAGAGCCGACCGCCAGCAGCACGCUGCCCGAGCUGGAGAAGCAGGUGGCGAUGUCCUGCCUGGCUGCAGUCGUGCGUUUCCUGGAACUGCUCUCCGACGAGUCCAACUUCAACUCCUUCAGUCUGACCACUCUGGACCUGGGUCAGUACAUGAGACUGGACAAUGCUGCAGUGACCGCGCUCAACCUCUUCCAGGCUUCACCUGACGACACCAGCAGAAGUCAUUCCCUGGCCGGUCUGUUGAACAAGUGCCGCACACCGCAGGGCCAGCGUCUCGUCAACCAGUGGAUCAAACAGCCUCUGAUGGACCGAACCAAAAUAGAGGAGAGGUUGGACUUGGUGGAGAGUUUCGUGUGUGACUCUGAGCUCAGGCACACCUGCCAGGAGGACUUGCUGCGGCGCUUUCCCGAUCUCCACCGCCUGGCCAAGAAGUUCCACCGUCACACUGCUACGCUGCAGGACUGUUACCGCGUCUACCAGGCUGUGACCCAGAUUACCCCCCUCGCCGCGGCCAUCGAGAGAUCCUCAGGCAGCCACCAGGUUCUGCUGGAGGCCGUGUUCGUCUCCCCUCUCAGAGACCUGCACUCCGACUUCAUCAAAUAUCAGGAGAUGAUCGAAACCACACUGGACAUGAACCAGAUCGACCACCACGAAUUUCUGGUGAAGGCGUCGUUCGAUCCGGUGCUGAGUGAGCUGAGAGAAAAGAUGGACACGCUUGAUAAGAGCAUGCAGGCAGUGCUGAACAGCGCGGCCAGAGAACUAGGUCUAGACGCCGGUAAGACGGUGAAACUGGAGUCGAAUGCGAUGCUGGGCUUUUACAUGAGAGUCACCUGCAAGGUGGAGAAGAAUCUGAGGAACAACAAGAAGUUCACCACACUGGACGUCCAGAAGAACGGAGUGCGUUUCACCAACAGCAAACUGAGCUCUCUGAACGAGGAGUACACCAAGAGCAGGGAGGAGUACGAGGAGGCGCAGAACGCCAUCGUCAAGGAGAUCAUCAGCAUCGCCUCAGGCUACGUGGACCCCCUGCAGACGCUGAGUGACGUGAUAGCGCAGCUGGACGCAGUGGCGAGCUUCGCCGUGGCGUCCGUCUCCGCCCCUGUGCCGUACGUGCGGCCACGCCUCCUGGCGGACGGCUGCAGGCGCAUGGAGCUGCUGCAGGCCAGGCACCCCUGCAUGGAGACAGACCCGGACACGGCCUUCAUACCCAACGAUAUCACCUUCGUCCACGGAGAGAAGAACUUUUAUAUCAUAACAGGACCGAACAUGGGAGGCAAGUCGACGUUUAUCCGGCAGGUGGGUGUGAUCGCUCUCAUGGCUCAGAUCGGCUGCUUCGUGCCGUGCGAGAAGGCGGAGCUGAGCGUGGUCGACAGCGUCCUGGCCAGGGUGGGAGCUGGGGACUGCCAGGUGAAGGGCGUGUCCACCUUCAUGUCCGAGAUGUUGGAAAUCGCCGCCAUCCUCCGCUCGGCCACGGAGAACUCUCUGAUCAUAAUCGACGAGCUCGGCAGAGGCACGUCCACGUACGACGGCUUCGGGCUCGCCUGGGCCAUCAGCGAACACAUUGCCUCCAAACUCGGCGGCUUCUGCCUGUUUGCCACGCACUUCCACGAGCUGACGGCGCUCGCAGCACAUGAGGCCACCGUUCACAACCUGCACGUCACGGCCCUGACCUCCCAUGACACGCUCACCAUGCUGUACAGAGUCAAACCAGGUGUGUGCGACCAGAGUUUUGGUAUCCACGUCGCAGAGAUGGCCUCUUUCCCGCCAUCUGUGGUUGCCAUGGCGAAGGAGAAGGCCGAGGAGCUGGAGGAGUUCCAGGAACCUGCGGGGGGGGCGUCGACACAGGAGGAAGGGCCCGAGGCGAAGAGACGACUGACAGAGAAACAAGCGGGGGAAAGCCUGAUCCUGACCUUCCUGGAGAAGGCGAAGUCACUUCCUGCCACCAUGAGCGAGGCGGAGGUGAAGGCGGAGCUGAAGAGAAUGAAGCAGGAGCUGGCAGCUAAGAACAACACGUACAUCAAAGACAUCCUUUCCCGAUGCGUCAAAACCGUUUGAGGAUCAACAAAGAUUAAUUUCAUGUACAAACACAUCGGCACACUGAC